AUGGCAAGGGCUAGAGAAGAAGCAGGGGACAGCCAGUCGGUGUCUGGUCGGGAGCCAUCUUCACACAUCAUUCGAGUGUAUGUCAAGACCCCACAGGACUGUCAGGAAUUUAUGCUGGCAGAAAAUAGCAGCGUCUGCCACUUCAAGAAGCAGAUCUCCAAACGCCUUCACUGUGACACCGACCGACUGGUGCUCAUCUUCACUGGAAAGAUCCUUCGAGAUCAAGACAUAUUGAGCCAGCGUGGCAUCCUUGAUGGCACUACUGUUCAUUUGGUGGUGAGGACCCAUUUGCAAGGGUCGGUUGGUCUAGGAACUCUGUCAGGCCCCACAGGCCAUUGCAGCAAUCACUCUGGACCAUCAUCCUCUGGAGGGGCUAGGAUGCUAGGCAGGCUGGGCCGCCUGACCCGGAGGUCACCAGAGCUGGCUGACUUCCUUGGCCAGCUGUCUCAACUCCUGGUGGCUUCACCGGAGUCUGUGGUGCAGUUCUUAGAAGACCCUCUGGUUCAAAGCCUGGAAAGUGAGAUUCCAGUCAAUGUCAGCCAUGUCCCUGAAACCUCAAGGUCAGUACAAAAACCUGAUGCAACUCCCAAAAUGCUGGAAAUUCUGCAGAGCCCAGUACGGCAGCAGGAAUUCUUCCAGGCUGAAAAACCGGGACUGGAGGCCUUGAAGGCAGUGCCAGGUGGUGACAAUGUUGUGCGUCCAGUCUGCUCUGACAUCCAUCACUUCAUGCUCUCCACUCUGGCCCCUUUGGUUACCUCCAAAGGCCACAUCCCAGGUUCUGAGCCCUGGAAAGGGGAGGCCAAUGCUCAUAGCAGUACUAACCCCAACAUGGUCCUUCCCACUACCUCAGCACCUGCCAGGCCACUGACACAAAGGAAGAGUACAGGAAUAGUUGCCCAGGGCAGGGGCAUGGCCUCAGAUCAGGCCAAUUCAGGGUACAGGAGUGGCACGCUGAACUUAUACUCAAGCCAGGAUUUUCCAUCCCAGGAGAGCCAUCAACCCAUAGGAAAGCCCACUCGAACUAGUCAGCUGAGACCCUCACCCUCUGCGUUUCAUAGAGCCUUGCAAAUACUGCAGCAGAAUCCAGCUCUGCUAUACCAACUGGCAACUGAUAGCCCCCUGCGACAUCAAAUACCACUACUUCCUAUCCUCACCAACCCACGAGCAGUGCAGGCAUUGAUACAGAUAGAGCAGGGCCUGCAGAUACUGUCCAGGGAGGUGCUUGGGCUGGGGUCCUGCUUAUGGAACACGGGCAGACCGAGUAGGGCCGGAGGAGGCCCUGAAUCUAGGGGUGGAGGACACAGUCAUAGAGCAGAUGUUGGACAACCCACUUUGGCUAUUCUUCAACUCCUCCAUACACUGGCCAAUGCCUGCUUCCAGUCUACCCAAUCUUCACUAUCAUGCCCCCUCAGUGAAGGCCACUACCAGCAAGAACUGGAGCAGCUGAAGGGCAUGGGUUUUGCUAAUCAUGAUGCCAACCUGCAAGCUCUAAUGGCCACAGGUGGAGACAUCCAUGCUGCCAUCGAGAGGCUGCUGGGGGGUACCACAGACCUAGGUUCUUCCUGCUAA